GGUCUGUGUACUUCAUACAGAACCUCCUCAAGAAACCUCCUUUUUCUUUUUAAACUUAAACUAAAAGUCCUCAAGGAAGAAGAAAGUUGUUGUUUUUUUCAAACAGGGGAUGAAUAUUUCUCAUUUCCGAUUCCGCUUUGGAUUUUUCUCCUGGAUAGAUCGCUAUUAAAUCGAGCGCCAUUCACGCAGAACUUGGUUGAAUACAGAUGAUAAUCUGAACAGAAGCUUCACGCAAGCAGCAGUGUGGAGAUGGAAGCGUCCACCAACGGCUCCAGUUUUGGAAUCGACUCCCUGCUAUCUCACAGGCCAGGAAGCCCAGUCAUCGCGAAGGGGGACAGUUUGGUAGGGGAAUGCCGAUCCCCGCUGGAGUUCAGCCCCAGGUCAGACUUAGAGAGCGGUUGUUCUUCUCCUCCGUCUCCGAGGCGGGAGUGCGGUGAGGAUGCGGCGCAGAGACAGGGUCACCCGCUCGUGCUCGCGUCCCAUUUACAGCACGGCCCGAUCUCUGCUGGAUCUCAACCUCGGACUGUCACUUCAUCCUUCUUAAUAAGAGAUAUUCUGGCUGACUGUAAACCCUUAGCGGCGUGUGCCCCAUACUCCAGUAACGGCCAGCCGACACAGGAGACAGGGAGACUGGCAUCUAAAAUCGCAGACGACUUCAUUGAAAAGAUCCACAGUAACUCAUCGUCAGACAGUGAAUACAAAGUGAAAGAGGAGGGCGACAGGGAGAUCUCGAGCAGCAGAGACAGCCCGCAGGUUCGCCUGAAGAAGCCUCGGAAAGCGCGGACCGCCUUCACUGACCAUCAGCUCGCCCAGCUGGAGCGCAGUUUUGAGCGUCAGAAGUACCUGAGUGUGCAGGACAGAAUGGAGCUGGCAGCAUCUCUCAACCUGACCGACACGCAGGUCAAAACCUGGUACCAGAACAGGAGGACGAAGUGGAAGAGGCAAACGGCGGUCGGACUGGAAUUGUUAGCGGAGGCUGGAAAUUAUUCUGCGCUGCAAAGGAUGUUCCCCUCGCCGUAUUUCUACCCUCAAAGCCUGGUGUCGAAUCUGGACCCUGGAGCAGCGCUGUACUUAUACAGGGGACCCUCGGCGCCCCCGCCGGCGCUACAGCGCCCUCUCGUUCCCCGCAUUCUCCUGCACGGUCUCCAGGGCGCCAACGAGCCGCCGCCUCUGCCCCCCCUCUCCGGUGUGCUGUCCAGACCGACGCCACCGCGAUGAACGCCGCGAUUCGGACUCGGUGCAAUACAUGGCAGCUCUGAACUCCACCAUUAAAGAACAAUUUUAUUGGUGACAAAAUAUUCGAAAUAUAUUACAAAGCCACAAAAACAAGCUGAGACACAAAAA